CCCGCGUUUUCGUCUUGUAUUUAUUCGGAUAUCGAUUUGAAUCGCCGCAAUGGGUGCCAUUCCUGAAGCUGACCCCGAUGAGCCCGUCGAGACCAAGCCCUUCAAGUUCGUGACAGGUGGUUACGAUGCCCGUUUCCCUCAGCAGAACCAGACCAAGCACUGCUGGCAGAACUAUGUUGAUUACUACAAGUGUGUCAACGCCAAGGGCGAGGACUUCCGCCCCUGCACUCAAUUCUUCCACGCUUUCCGCUCCCUCUGCCCUAAGGCCUGGACUGACCGCUGGGAUACUCAGCGUGAGGCUGGUAACUUCCCCGCUCGCCUGGACAGGUAAACAGCCGAGUUUGUGAUAUUGAUUGAGUUUUUUUCUGUCGACAACGCACCAUGUAAUCUACCUGAACACGCGAGAAAAAACCAAAAGCGUCGCUCGCCUCUCGAGUCUCUCGUCGCUGAGAGGAAGAGUGUACAUAUACUCGCAAUUUGAGGAAUGUAUUGCAAUAUGAACUAGCCAUAGCCAUAAG